AUGCAUUUCCCGUCCGCGCCGAAGAAGUGUAUCGCGGGAGUGGAGACGCCCUCUUGCGACAAGGUUGAUAUAACACGCGCGAAGAGCCCAACCCUUCGUGCGAUCCUCAGCGUUUCGUCUGGCAUGUCGCUGACAGGUGCUCCCCUCAUCGCCCUCCCGAAUCAGCUUGUAACUCUCCAGAAUACGGCUCUCCUCUUCACUGGUCUCUGGCUGCAGGAGUUCAUCGUGCAUCUGCGCCAUGAUUGGAGGCUUGUGAAACGGCCUCAUGCAGGGCGUCCCGUCGUAGCGCGUCUCGCGAAGUGGACUUACCUGGCGUGUCGGAUCUUCUGCCUUAUCCAUUGUGUCUGCGUAUCCGUCAUCACGUUCCCCGUGUUCUCGGAUUGCCAUGUUUUGAUCAAAGUUCUCACGGCAUCGGGCUUCUUUGACAUAAUCUGCGCAUCGACCCUAUUAUCUAUACGGGUGGCCGCCGUCUGGUCAUGGAACAAACGAGUUGUCAGCCUCCUUGUCGUGGUGGCGCUAGUGACCUUGGCAUUGUCCAUCUAUCUUAUGGUCAAGAUCGAUUCAUCGUAUGACCCGGCGACCUUGGCUUGCGUCUUGACCGGGCUCGAGGACGCAUUGGCACCAUCCGUGGCUAUGCUGGCUGGUGACUGCAUCAUUCUAUCCCUUCUUCUCGUCGGUCUUCAAAGAAACUGGGGGGAUGCUCGCAAGUUCCGAGUAUGGCAUAUCCUAUGGACGCAGGGUCUAAUCUACCUCUUGUUCGCUGCGGUGUUUGAGAUACCCUUCGUGGCUUUACUGGCCUUGGAUAUCAAUCCUAUCCUGAACGCGAUGUUCGUCACUCCGGAAUCUGUUGUCUUAGCGGUAUGCGCAACACGUAUGUUUCGAUCGCUCAAUGCGAGUGUAGGGGGCCAAAAUGGACAAUCGGAGAUGUUUACUAACGGGGUACCCCGCGACGGUAUAUCGACAUGGUGUGUCAAUGAGAUCCCUCUUGUUCCUCUCCGAGAUGAGUGGGAUCAGAGAAGGUAG